AUGCACAUCAAAACCAACAUCACGCUCUACACUGAAGGCACACCCAACGGCCUCAAAGCCUCCAUCGCCCUAGAAGAGCUUGGUCUUGAAUACAAAGUCGUGACGUUAGACUUCAGCAAACACGAGCAGAAAGAACCAUGGUUCCUUGCCAUCAAUCCCAACGGUCGGAUCCCAGCGCUCAUUGACACGGACGAAAACGGCCGCGAGAUCAAGAUCUUCGAAAGCGGUGCCAUUCUGUUGUAUCUCAUCGCUACAGCACUGGGAGACGAUUAG